ACUGGUCGGGGAGUCUGAGGCAGAGAUGUAUGACCCGACAUGUGUUUAGUCAAGUCAAGAAUGAGGAAAGAGUCCAAGUGAAGUGAACAAGCCCACAGGGAACAGAGAGGACUCGUGUCAACUCAGCUCCGUUACUCUCCAACUAUGGCAACUUUCUAUCUCCUGUUUCUCUUCUUGUUAUCGGCAACAAAGGUUUUAGGUUCCAACAUCUGCACGUCACGAGGAGUCACUACUUGUCAACAGUGCUUGGCCGUCGAUCCCAGCUGUGCAUGGUGUUCUCAGGAGGACUUUGGAAAAGGAGGAUCCAGCGCUUCCCGGUGUGACCUGAAGCAGAACUUACUGGAUGAAGGGUGCAGCGGGAGUUCUCUGGAGUUUCCAUCCAGCACGCUGACUAUUGACAAAGAUGACCCGCUCAGUGACAAGGCCACUGGGAAUGCUGAUGAUGUCACUCAGAUCAGGCCUCAGAGAGUCCGUAUGACACUAAGACCUGGGGAUGCCAAGCGGUUCACUGUGUCAGUGAAACAGGUGGAAGAUUACCCGGUGGACCUCUACUAUCUGAUGGAUCUUUCAUAUUCCAUGAAGGAUGACUUGGCUCGCCUUCGCACUUUGGGCAGCGAUCUUGCCGAGACUAUGGGCCGCACCACAAGCAACUUACGCAUGGGGUUUGGAGCAUUUGUGGACAAGACUAUAUCUCCUUUCAUGUACACUUAUCCUCCACAGGCAGUGACAAACCCUUGUGAUGGAAUAAGCACAACAUGCAAGGCUCAAUUCGGGUUCAAGCAUGUGUUGUCACUGACAGAGAUGACAACUCGCUUCAAUGAGGAGGUGGAUAAACAGGAAGUGUCCAGAAACAGAGAUGCUCCAGAGGGUGGGUUUGAUGCCAUCAUGCAGGCUGUGGUGUGUAAGGACCGAAUUGGCUGGCGCCCAGAUGCCUCACAUCUUCUUGUAUUCACCACUGAUGCCAAAACUCACCUGGCUUUGGAUGGACGUAUAACUGGAAUUGUUCAGCCUCAUGAUGGACGAUGCCACCUCGACAGUGACGACACUUACAACCAAACAACUGUGCUGGACUAUCCUUCUAUAGGGCUGAUGAACGACAAAAUGUCUGAAAACAACAUCAAUUUAGUUUUUGCUGUAACCGGCGGGGUGUUGCCACUGUACAAGGAAUACAGUUAUCUCAUUCCUGGUACGACUGUGGGAGAGCUAUCAACUGAUUCUGGGAAUGUUAUCCAGCUUAUUGAAGAGGCUUAUGCUAAAAUCCGCUCAAAAGUGGAGCUGGAGCUCUUGGACGUCCCAGAAGAGUUAAACCUCUUCUUUAACGCCACCUGCUUGAAUGGAGAGCUCAUCCCUGGACUCAAGUCCUGCUCUGGCCUCAAGAUUGGUGACACAGUGUCGUUCAGCGUGGAGGCCCAGUUGCGAGGCUGCCCCAAAACAAAGAGUCACACUUUUACCAUCAAACCUCGAGGCUUUAAGGAUUCCCUAAAGGUCACUGUGGAUUUUGAAUGUAGCUGCAACUGUGAGGCGAAGGCCGUCGUCAACAGCUCCCUCUGCAGCAAUGGCAACGGGACCUAUGAGUGCGGUGUGUGUCAGUGUCACCAGGGUCGUCUGGGCCCACGAUGCGAGUGUUCGGUGGAGGACUACCGCCCAUCUGAUGAUGUCAACUGCAUCCCGAAGGAAGGGAGCCCAAUGUGCAACGGGAGGGGUGACUGUUUGUGUGGACAGUGCUCCUGCCAUACAAAUGAGUUUGGUCAGGUGUGGGGUAAAUACUGCGAGUGUGACGACUUCAACUGCUUGCGCUUCAAAGGGGCACUGUGUUCUGAUCAUGGGAAGUGUAACUGUGGGUUCUGUCAGUGCGACUCUGGCUGGCAAGGAGAGAACUGUAACUGCAGCACACGCACAGACACCUGCAUGUCCAACAUUGGCAUGCUGUGCAGCGGCCGGGGAAACUGCGAGUGUGGGGUUUGUCAGUGCACUCAGCCUGGUGCUUUUGGAGAAACCUGUGAGAAGUGCCCCACCUGUCCUGAUUCCUGCACCAUUAAAAAGGGGUGUGUUGAGUGUCAGCACUUCAAAAGAGGACAGUACAUAGAAGCCAAGAGCUGCAAUAGAAUCUGCAGGGAUGAAAUUAAUUUAGUGGAUGAAUUGGAAAAUAAAAAGAAUGCAGUGAAUUGCUCCUACAAAGAUGAAAAUGACUGUGUGCAGCACUUCCAGUAUUACGAAGAGGACACUGGCAAAUCCAUUCUGUAUGUGGUAAAAGAACCAGUGUGUCCUGAGGGUGCAAACAUCUUGGUGGUGCUCUUGGCGGUGGCCGGAGCCAUCCUGUUACUGGGCCUUGUUGGCCUGCUCAUCUGGAAGCUGCUGGUCACCAUUCAUGACCGCAGAGAGUAUGCCAGGUUUGAGGAGGAGAGAUCCAAGGCCAAAUGGGAUACGGCGAACAAUCCUUUGUAUAAAGGAGCCACCUCCACCUUCACCAAUGUAGCAUACCGAGGCAACUAACAACCAAACGCAAUACAGACAUCUCAGGGGUCAACGACAAAGAUGGAAUGUAGCAGACGAGAAAUGGCAGGGAGGAAGAUCUUUCACACUGUCAUGUAUCCGGCUGCUGUAGCUGAUAAGUAGUUCUUGCUGUCAACAACAUGAUGCAACAAUUGUACAUAUUGUAAAAAUAACUAAAUCUGUUAAUCUACGCCAAAUGUGUGCAUCUGGGCAUCCUGUUGCACUCUGACUUGUCUUUAGAGUUCUCCAAGUUCUCUGCAUUCAGUUAUUUAAAUUCCUUACAUACAGAACAGUAUACUUGGGCGCUGGUUCAUCUCUGUGGUUACAUGGUUCACCCUAUGUACAGAUGCCUCAGUCCCUGAAGCAUUGGCCCUCAGUCCAUUUCCCUAUCUGUUAUUAAAAAAGCACAAAAAGUCAUCUUGAAAAUAAAAAACUAAGUCUUCUAUCAGUUUAGAGUCACAAGCACUGCUAACAAGAUGCUUUUGAGGUCUUUAAUCCACUAAGAUGUUUGUUUUUUAAUGCAUAUGGAUAUGUACUCAUUAAAUAAUAAUAAUAAUAAUAUGUGGAUAUUAAAGAAUACAUGAUGGGAUGGACACAAAACAACCUCUUCAUUAUCUUUCAUAUAAAUGUAUAGUGUUAUGUAAAUGCAAUGCUUGUUUUUUAAACAUCCACAGUUAAGGCUCAGGUGUUUAAAACUUUUCUAACACAGAGCAGUUGUCGCUUUUAUACUAAACUGAAAGGUGCAAUUUAAAACAAGCUGAAUUUGUCAGUAUAGAUUCAGAAGAAUGGGUUUGACUUUUUUCUCCAAAUGCAUACAUGAUGCAGCACCGUGUGGGUUUACCGUCGGCUUUAAAAAGGAUUGUAUUGUGAUGGUUGUGUUAUGUUGUAUAUUGAAAAGCACAUGUUUCUUUCUUCCUGCAUCAUCAACUAUUUUCUAGUCUGCUUGUUUUUUAAUUUUUUGUUUGAUUUGCAAAAGUUUGUUGACCAAAGAGUGAUCAGUUUUUCCUUGCUUUAUUAUAAGAUGCUGUUUUGUUCAAAUGCCUACUGAUGUGUGUUACACUGAAACGACUUGUGUAUAUGAGCAAACGUGUUGCACAUAAAAUGGUAUUGGCCAUUAAGUCUGGUGAUUUGUAUUAACAAAAUCAUGCUGUUGCUCUUUUCAAACCACUAUAAAGGAGAAUAGAUUACAGUGUGAUUUGUGUUGUCGGCUGUACAGCUCUGAUCCUUUCUCAGGUUAUGGCCAGCUAUUCUUUUUUUAUUUAAAGAUACCUGGGAUUACAGUCUUGUUUCAGAUUAUUUAAAACACAGCUCACCAUCUAGUGAGGUGGGAGACGUUUGGGUUCUUUUAAACAUUAUGUUUAUUUUAGUUUCACAGCAACACACUUUUCCAAACAUCUCUGGAAUGUUAAAAAAUCGUCUAAACAUUUCUGUAUUUCUGUUUUCACUCGUUGUCACCUUCUUGGAUUCACAUUACAACAAGUAUCACUGAGGCCCUGUGUGGUUUCAGUGAGAAGCUAAAUGACAAAUGUUUACACACACCUUGAAAGGCACUCUGCUAAUAUCCAAAUGUAAAUACAAGGAAUCACAAAGAAAGCGGAAAGGAAUAUUGAAAUGCAUUUAAUGCAGCAGUUGAGAGAGUCGCACAGUCGCACAACACUGCUAAAAUUAACCCAUUACACCAGCCGUAUCAUGUCGGACAAUAUUUCCUGUUGCAUGGUCCUAGCUCUUCCCUUGAGCAAUUCUCUGGUCUUCAGUCUGAUGUGAAUUUGUGUCACUUAACUUUGCACUUCCCCUCAUCCCCUACAACCUUACAUAUCUCCACCGACCUCCACAUCCUAUUCACACCAUACAUUCUGUGGUUCACACCAGCCUGUGUGUUGUAUUUGUUCACUGUACUGUGUUGGUACUACUUGUAGUGUUGGUAAUAAAAAAGGUACACUCACCACA